CUCAAAGUCUAGAUUGUGGUUUCGUAGACCGAAUUUGUGCAAGUAACAACUAACGACAGUAGUUUUGACCGACGAAAAAUGCCACCAAGAAAGAAACGAAAGACAGCAGCACCAGCAACAAGUAACAGUAAAGAGAUCAGUAAACCAAUCAUAUCGAACACAGUCAUAGGCCCUAAAUAUGAAUGUUGGCUUAUGAAAUCAGAACCAGAGUCCAGAUAUGAAAAUGGCAUUGAUGUUAAGUUUGGAAUUGAAGACUUAAUUAAUGAACCUAAUCAAACUGCAUGUUGGGAUGGAGUCAGGAAUUAUCAAGCUAGGAAUUUCAUGAGAGAUCAAAUGAAAGAAGGCCAGUUGGCAUUCUUUUAUCACAGUAAUUGUAGACCUCCUGGCAUUGCUGGCAUAAUUAAGAUUGUGAAAGAAGGAUAUGUUGAUCAUACACAGUAUGACAGUAAAGACCCACACUAUGACAGAACAAGUACAAAAGAGAAUCCACGAUGGUACAUGGUGGACGUGCAGUUUGUUCGGAAGACUAAGCGAUUCAUUCCACUCUCAGAACUUAAAGAUAUGUAUAUGAAACAUAAACAGAUUGAUGGUCCACUGAGUAAUGUAGCACUCUUCACUAGAGCCAGACUUUCAGUUCAGCCGUUGACAUCAGAGGAAUUUGACUUUAUUCUAAGUCUGGAAGAAGCAGCUGAAUAAAUGUUAGAAGACUGUCUACUUUAGUUUAUUUAGUUGUGUUAAUACAGAUAAUGGUGGCAUUAACACAUCUGUCUUUACUCACAUGCACCCUGUGUCUGCUACUACUAAAAGUUUGAACUGAAAACUGACAUGAACACAACUUUUAUUCUUUGUACAUGUGUUGUACAGUAAAGCAUACUGAAAGACCUUAAACACUGUAAUGGUUGAUUCCUAGUUGGGCAGCCAGUUCACGGAUGAUGGUUCUUUUAUUUAGUGUGUUCAUAUAUGAAAUAUACAUACAACUUACUCAC